GCGCUCUCGGGGUGGCCGUGCCGAACCUAGUGGUUCCCCGGCGAGCCCCGGGAGACAGCGGAAAGGGUCGCGGCGGCUGGGCCGUCCUGGCCCGAGCGACGGACUCUCCCGGCCCUUCCCUGCCCGUUUUGAGCGCGCCCCUCCAGCAGCUGCGUGCCUUGGGGUACCAGCUGUCAGCAAGAUUCAACACCCGGCGUCGGACUUGAGCCACUAACUCUUUUGUUCUGCGUUUUUUUCCCUAUAGGCAGAGAUAUGCCUCAAAGAAUAGGGUUCCGAUUGUGCUGCCUAAUCCCGAGGCUUCGGUUUCUGCACUUGGUUCUCUUGGGUGUGACCAGCCACGUCGUCGCGGGCUGCUUUUUGCGACCGGACCUAGAAGGAAGUGGCAUCCUUUUACACCUUUCCAGUAACGAGUCAAACUCCGAUCAGGGCUAUUGUGAAAGAGAAGCUAGCGUAGCCUCGUCUCUCAGCUUUUGGACUCUCUCCUCUGAACAUCUUCUAGCUGUGUGGCCAGUUGAUCCUGUUAAAGAGAACUAUGUUCGUAAAGUGAACAACUGUAUUUUUUCAGUUGCCUUCCCUACGCCUUUCAAAUCAAGAGCUCGUCUUGUAGCAGUUUCAAAGGAAGUUCUAGAAGGUAUUUUGGACCUUGAUUUAUCUGUCUCAGAAACAGAUGAUUUUCUCCAGCUUGUAAGUGGUGAAAAGAUAUUAUUUGGAUCCAUUCCAUUGGCUCACAGAUACGGUGGCCACCAGUUUGGAAUAUGGGCAGAUCAGCUUGGGGAUGGAAGAGCCCAUCUAAUUGGAGUUUACACGAACAGGCAGGGUGAGAAGUGGGAGCUCCAAUUAAAAGGCUCAGGAAAGACCCCAUACUCCCGAAAUGGUGAUGGCAGAGCUGUACUUCGCUCUUCAGUGAGAGAAUUUUUGUGCAGCGAGGCGAUGCACUAUCUUGGGAUUCCAACGAGCAGAACUGCCAGUCUGGUUGUAAGUGAUGACGAAGUGUGGCGAGACCAGUUCUACAAUGGAAACCCUGCGAAAGAACGAGGGGCAGUAGUUCUGCGAGUUGCAAAAUCUUGGUUUAGAAUUGGAUCAUUAGAAAUUUUGGCACAUCAUGGUGAACUUGAUUUACUAAGGACAUUACUAGACUUCAUCAUACGGGAACAUUUCCCCUCUGUAGAUGUCGGAGAACCUAAUAGAUACGUGGAAUUUUUUUCUAUUGUGGUGUCCGAGACAGCACGACUUAUUGCCUUGUGGAUGUCUGUUGGUUUUGCUCAUGGUGUUUGUAAUACUGAUAACUUCAGUUUGUUAUCCAUUACAAUUGACUAUGGUCCAUUUGGUUUCAUGGAAGCAUAUAGUCCUGAUUUUGUACCAAACAUAUCUGAUGAUGAAAGAAGAUAUAAAAUAGGAAAUCAGGCUAAUGUUGGGAUGUUUAAUUUAAAUAAGUUAUUACAAGCUCUAAACCCUUUAUUGGAUCCUAGGCAAAAGCAACUUGCUGCUCAGAUUCUUGAGGGGUAUCCAGUUAUUUAUUAUACAAGGUUUAGGGAGUUGUUUAAAGUCAAAUUAGGAUUACUUGGAGAAAAUAAGGAUGAUAAUGACUUAAUUGCGUAUCUUUUACAUCUCAUGGAAGAGACAGAAGCUGAUUUUACAAUGACAUUUCGGCAGCUCAGUGAGAUCACCCAAAGCCAGCUACAGGAACUCCACAUCCCACAGCAAUUCUGGGCACUGAAGAUGAUUUCAAGGCACGAACUCUUUCCUGCCUGGGUGUCUCAGUACCUUUUGAGACUGAAGAGUAACACAAGUGAUUCAGAUUCUGAAAGAAGGAAAAGGAUGGCAACUGUCAACCCUAGAUAUGUCCUGAAGAACUGGAUGGCAGAAUCUGCAGUACAAAAAGCAGAAAGGAAUGACUUUUCAGAGGUCCAUCUUCUCCAGCAAGUUCUUCAGCAGCCUUUCCAGAAGCACCCUACAGCUGAGAAAGCUGGCUACUCCUCACCUACGCCUUCUUGGGCUAAAGACCUUAAAGUCAGCUGCUCAUCUUAACUUGAGGAACUCAACGGAGAACAACUCAUCAUUGUGAAUUCUUGAAUUUAAGCACAUUUUACACCACUGGAGUUAUAACAUUUAUGAUGGAGUUAUUACAUUUAUGACGUAUAAAUUGUGCCGUAUUUGGCCCUUGGGGUUUUACACGUGUUGGCUUCUUUUUGAUAUGAUCCUAGAAAUUUUUUUUAAAGAUUUAUUUAUUUAUGCAUACAGAACUGGGGUACAGGUGAGGUAC